AUGUCCAUAGAAAUCGAAUCAGCCGAUGUGAUCCGGCUUAUCCAGCAGUAUCUCAAGGAGUCCAAUUUGAUGAAGACCCUGCAAACCCUACAGGAGGAAACGGGCGUCUCUCUCAAUACAGUGGACAGCGUGGAUGGCUUUGUGCAGGAUAUAUCCAAUGGCCACUGGGACACUGUGCUAAAGGUGACGCAGUCGCUCAAGCUGCCGGACAAAAAGUUGCUCAAUUUGUACGAGCAGAUCGUGCUGGAACUGAUAGAGCUGAGGGAAUUGGGUGCCGCCAGAUCUUUGCUCCGCCAAACGGAUCCAAUGAGCAUGUUGAAGCAGCAGGAGCCAGAGAGAUACAUUCAUCUGGAAAACAUGCUGCAGCGAGCCUAUUUUGAUCCCAGGGAAGCCUAUGCGGAGGGCAGCAGCAAGGAGAAGCGACGCACGGCUAUUUCCCAGGAGCUGAGUGGCGAGGUGCACGUGGUGCCCUCUUCCAGGCUGUUGGCCCUCCUGGGACAGGCUCUCAAGUGGCAACAGCACCAGGGAUUACUGCCGCCCGGCACCACCAUCGAUUUGUUCCGCGGCAAGGCAGCCAUGAAAGAUCAGGAGGAGGAGAUGUAUCCCACACAGCUUUUCCGGCAGAUCAAGUUUGGCCAGAAAUCGCAUGUGGAGUGCGCCCAGUUCUCACCCGAUGGCCAAUACCUGAUCACAGGUAGUGUUGAUGGCUUCCUCGAGGUGUGGAACUUUACCACCGGCAAGGUGCGAAAGGAUUUGAAGUAUCAGGCGCAGGACCAGUUCAUGAUGAUGGAGCAGGCAGUGCUGGCGCUUAACUUCUCCCGUGACUCUGAGAUGGUGGCUUCUGGCGCGCAAGACGGUCAAAUCAAGGUGUGGCGUAUCAUUACCGGGCAAUGCCUGCGUAAGUUCGAGAAGGCUCACACUAAGGGAAUCACCUGCCUGCAGUUUUCGCGCGACAACAGCCAGGUGCUCAGUGCCUCAUUCGACUAUACUGUAAGGUUACAUGGCCUAAAGUCGGGAAAGAUGCUAAAGGAGUUCAAGGGCCACUCAUCCUUUGUAAACGAGGCCACCUUCACUCCCGAUGGCCACAGCGUGCUCAGCGCCUCCUCUGAUGGAACUGUAAAAGUGUGGUCCCUGAAGACAACCGAGUGUGUGGCCACUUACAAGCCUUUGGGCAACGAACUGGCCGUUAACACCGUCCUUAUAUUGCCCAAGAAUCCAGAGCACUUUAUCGUCUGCAAUAGAUCCAAUACGGUGGUCAUUAUGAACAUGCAGGGACAGAUUGUACGAUCCUUCUCGUCGGGUAAAAGAGAGGGCGGCUCCUUUAUCUCGGCCACUCUUUCGCCCCGCGGCGAGUUCAUCUACUGCGCUGGUGAGGAUCAGGUACUCUACUGCUUCUCCGUCUCAUCGGGAAAACUGGAACGUACUUUGAAUGUUCAUGAAAAGGACGUCAUUGGUCUGACGCAUCAUCCGCACCAGAAUUUGCUGGCCAGCUACAGCGAGGAUGGCCUGCUGAAGAUUUGGAAGCCCUAAAUUAUAUAAGCAAUUGACUUUUACUCCUAGUUUUAGUUUAACCACCAAAAUAUACCUACUGCCCCCGAAA